AUCAGCGCUUGGGAUUUGUAAGUGCUUCCGACCAUUCCUCUCACACUCAGAACAAACGGGGUGACAAACGUUUGCCACCUAAUACAAUUCUUCUGCAGCUCCAUCGAUCUCGAUCCAGAUUGCUUCUUUGGUUUGUUGCCUGCCCCAAUAAGCUGAGCUGAGAAAUGGAUCACAUUAUCCAAGAUCUAUCUGUUUGAUUUGAUGCCAAGAUAGGCUACCCUCAGUGCAUAAAAUAGUACCAGUAGCGCCAGUUAGUUCCGUCUAUAAUAAGCGAUUGUCCUGCUUUGACAGAUACCAAGAAAUUAAUCGCAACCAUGCCAAUGUCAGAGCGAUGUCCACAGAGGCGACGACGGAGAAAGGUCUGUAUGUUGCUGCACGCUCUACUGGUAGUAUCCAUUGCCUGUGCCUUUCCAUUCCGAGAUUCGACUCCUCCAGGUGUCGCUGCCUUUAGCUUGGCGAGUAUUUUCCCUCGAAGAACACAGCAACAGCAAAAGAAAUCCAAUGGCAAUCAGGAAGUACUCGUCACGACGUCUCCGACAACGGCCACGCAAGAUAUACUGCGGCAGCAGCCACAACAACAGCAAGAGCUGCGAAGCAAUGUGUACAUUACCGAGUCUUCCAGUGCCAUGCCCAUGCCCAUGGAUAAUCUUCCCACACAACAUCAUCAUUCCCACGAACCAGCAGAGACUACAAAUGGAUGCAAUGGCGACAGCAAUCAUCAUGGAGAGGAAGAACAGAGUGUCCAUUUGCAGCUGCAAAUGAUGCAUCAACCCACCAGAACUACUCGCAGCAGUAGUAGUAGUCUUUUGCUAGAAGAAGAGGAAGACACUACCAUGGCGGAAGAAGAAGAAGAAGCAGCACAGCAGCAAAUAAUGCAGCAGCAGCAGCUUAAAUCCACAAGAGUGGUUGUUCAUACCUACGUCGAUCCUGCCACGCAACAAAGCUGGGUGGGCUUGAAUACUUCCAGACGCAAGUUCGUGGCCUUUUUGGAAUACAACCACAUGACACUGGAGAAUCCAAGAGCUCAGAUUGUCACUACCAACGUUCUGCUUGCUGAUGGAAACCAUCCUUCAGAAGAAGGAGACUGCCGACAGUUCUGGAGACGACUGUGGAAAGAACGACGUCUCAUUACGGAUCGCACCGAACUGCUAGCGGUGUACCAAAGCGACGCGGACGAUGACCUUGAUGGCACCGACACGGCGACCACCACGGAAGCCAAUGGUAUUGCUAGUAAUAAUUCACGACAACAACAGCACAAAAAGAGAGGAGGAUUUCGAGAUUUGCUCGAUCUAUACGCCAACCGACUAGUUGCCAUUCUACAGGAUGAACUGCACGAUGAACGGACUCCACCCGAUGCCAGAUAUCGAUCGUCUCUGGUCCGGGCUAAACAACGCAAUCGAUAUGGGCAACCACAAGAUCCCUCCUCGGACGAACAAAGCGAUCAUCGGAUCUUGGUCAAAUGGCUAGAAGAUCACUAUGGUGUGUCGGAGACCCUCAUGUUGCAAGCAUCCAGGUUCCACACGCUACCAGUACCGGCACAACUAGAACUCAUGCAUCACUUUUUGCAAUGGUUUCGAAAUCACUUUCCAUACUACUACGAUCGAUGUGAUGCCUGUGGAGCAUCGCAAAAGGAUGAUCUCGCCAAUCACCAGCAUUUGGACGAAGAGGAGGAUGACGACGACGAUGAUGAUCAGUCUACCUUUUUGGGAUACAUUUACACCGAUGAAUACGAAGCGGUGGGCAAAGCCAGUCGCACCGAACUCUAUCACUGCCACAAGUGUCGCAGCUUUACACGAUUCCCGCGAUACAAUUCUGCAUUUGAUAUCAUCCAGAGUCAACGAGGACGCUGCGGUGAAUACAGUCUCUUGUUGUACCGAUUCCUCCGAGCCCUCAAUCACGAUGCUCGCUGGGUGGUCGAUUGGGCCGAUCAUGUAUGGGCCGAAGUCCUCAUUGGCGAUAGCAAAGAUCAUCGAUGGGUGCAUUUGGAUCCCUGCGAAGCCGCCGUAGAUAAGCCCCUGCUCUACGAAGAAUGGGGAAAGAAGCAAACCUACAUUGUCGCCCUAUAUGCCCCACUGCGGUAUCAGGCCAUGCAACAACUUCAGAAUCGUGGCGGCGGAUUUCUGGGAAAUCUUCGGGUCCUCAAUGGAUUCCGAGAUCAUCAUAAUGGUGACAAUAACAGCUACCACAACAGUGUCGACGCCAAGGCAUGUCUUGUGGAGGAUGUCACACAGCUGUACACAACAGACAGCUGGGAAGAUAUAUGUAAACGUAGGGAAGAAACACACGAAGAGGUUCAGAGCGCUAUUCAUGAUGCCAUUCAAGACCUGGAACGAAAGCUAUUCCGGUGAUAUGCAAUAAUACACACACAAAAUCAAUAACGAUGUGAGAGAUAGGUAAGAUGGGUUCAGGUGCCACCGAACUGGUGGCAUUCUUCUCCAAAGCAGCAACCUACAGCGCCUCUCUCUGGUUCACGGAACUGUACAAAAAGCACACUACGCUCAGAGCAUACAUUUAGAAACAAACAUAAUUCAACCAAGGUUUGUUUUUCUGAGCUGCAAACUGUGCAUAGCAGUUUUGAGUUUGUCCGACCCACCUCCGUUACCAGCUACAGCGAGUGUACUUCCCACCAUCCACCACUGUUUGCCCAGCUACCCUUCAAGGAACCACGGCUGCAAUCCUAGAGUGCUAAGCAAGUCUUCGAACUUAAGGAUUUGCUAGCUAGUGGAGUCUACUUGAGUCGAGUCCACACAGCUUGCUAGGUCAUUUUCCACACCAGUUGAUCCCAAGUCAUAUUAUGGGCCUUGCACUUUUGCUGCUUUUUGUGCAGGUUCUUGAGCACCUAUCUGGGCUCGACUGUCACUCGACUCGUUCGUACUCCUCUCUUUCCCUGGACUCGCUCUUUCUAGCUACAUGUCAGCAAAUGAGCUGGAUGAGACAAGGGCUGCAAGACUGCUGUGGAGGCAGAUAAGAUUGCACGCUGCUUUUCACACCAAGCAGAGGCCCUUGAGGUGUAGCCGCUCCAUUGGAUCUCUAAACAUCAUCUUCAGUUGUACCUUUGUACGUAUACUUGUGU